AUGUUCGAGGCGUAUGGGGAUUCCCCGUGUGCUCACUUGUCUUUCCAGCAAUGUGAGACAGGAUUUGGUCUAUAUCACAGAGAGCCGUUGAUCCGUCAUGCCGUCAUUGAACCAUGGCUUGCCUGUGCCUCCAACAAGUUCUGCAUCUGCCCCGUAGAGCAGAUAAAGGUACAGAGGUGCCCGCCCAUCCCCCCAAAACACAUCGGCGUGUGCAUGCGCAAUGAGCAGUCGGCCAUCAGCAUCAUCCUGGCCAAGCUGUUCAGGGAGAAGUAUUACCACUUCGCCGUAGACGUCAGCUGGUUCCAGAACGCCGCCAGAGACCAGAAGUUUGAGUACUUUAAGUUGUUGGAGGAGAGGCAGAUGAAUGCCAGUGCGACCGUGAAACAUUGAGUACAGUGACGAA